GAGAGCGUAGGCCCCACUGAUCUUGGGACCUUGUGGCCGCCGUAGUGCGUCUGAGGCGGCUGGCUGGCUACGGUCUGGACGCACUGCGGUCCGCGGUUCCUGAGGCGGAGUUCGGACCAGGCUCCUCGGGAUGUCAGUGGCCUUCGUUCCGGACUGGCUGAGGGGCAAAGCGGAAGUCAAUCAAGAGACUAUCCAGCGGCUUCUGGAGGAGAAUGACCAGCUGAUCCGCUGUAUUGUGGAGUAUCAAAACAAGGGCCGGGCGAACGAGUGCGUCCAGUACCAGCAUGUGUUACAUAGAAAUCUCAUUUAUUUGGCUACCAUCGCAGAUGCCAGCCCAACCAGUACUUCAAAACCAAUGAAAUAAUCUUCCAGUUGGCUGUUGUGAGGAGUAAUUGAAUGUAAUCCAUUUCCUAUGAAAUGGAGACAGGAUCUUUACCAACUCAACUGCUGAAAACAUGAAUGAAACCUCUGUGGCUCUUUUAAAAACAUGAGAAUGUGAAGAAAGCCACUAACUUAACUGUAUUCUCAGUGUAAAUAUUUAUUUAAUAAUUAAGCAGAUCCCUCAAAAAGUUGACCCCAGGUGUUCUCUUUCCUGAAAUGGGAGCAAGUUUGGAUAAGAAUAAUGUCAUGGGCAUCUUCAAGCCUACUUUUUAGUUUCAACCUGAAGAGGAAACCAAGUAGGUGUUGGGCAAACAGCAGGAAUUGGUGAGACUCACAGCUGACACCUUGCCAAAUGGACAUGUAACUGUGUGCUCCCUCCUACCAAGUUUGUGGUCCCCCAACUGCUCUUUUCAGGAUGCUUUGAAACAAAGCUUGCUUUUCUGCAAAAGACUGAUAUGAGGGUUAGAAGUUUUCAUGUAAUAACUGUUCCAUUUGGUUUUCCAGAAAAACUGUUAAGGACUUAACUAUAAGGUAUGUAACAACUAUACCAUUAUUAUUGCCAAUAAAAUUAAUAGUGAUUCUUAAUUAUCUAA